CUAAAUCCAAUCUGAAAACCAUCGUCAAGCUCUUAACCUCUAUUGUCUUUGCUGACGCAGUUAAAAAACGGCGCGAUAAAGAGCUUUCUUUCAGCUCCAAUCGAUUUAUUAGGGUUUAAAUUUUUUUCCCCUUUCGAUUGGUUUGAGUUUCAAUACAGUUGAAGAAGCUCGUUUAUGUUGUGAAAUUUGUACGGAGGAAUCAGGUUUAAUGUCGGGUACUAGUAAAGAGGACAAAGAUUCGCCCGUGGAGAUCGGUAUUCCGUCGGGACUGAAUCGAAUUAAGACUCGACGAGCAUCUUCUUUGAAAGAUGGAUUGGGUUCCAAAGCUGAUAGUUUGCGUUCGGGCUUCGAUUCCCAAACUUUUGAGAGAUCCUCUAGCAGAGUUCCUAGGCCCCAGGCGAAGCAGAAAACUACACAGGAAAAACAUGGAAAGACCGAUGGUGGUAAAAAAGGACAUCAUAAAGGGAGUAAGAUAUCUAGAUGGUUCAGUUCAUAUCUCACCAAGGAUUCCAAUCAAGCAUUUAAUGAUAUUUCUCUGAAUGCUGAGGUCAACUAUUCAGCUCGUAACUCACUUGAUAAGGAAGUUUUUGUUGGAACUAAAUAUCACACAGAUCAGAAAUAUUUGACUGGAAAGAAAUCAUCAAUGGAGAGCACAUCCGCAAGAAAAUUACCAAAAGGUCUAAAAAGCUUUUCCCAUGAAUUGGGACCAAAAGGUGGUAUUCGACCAUCUGCUCAGCCCCGAGCCCACAGCUAUAAUGAUUUGAAGGAGCUUUUGGGAUCUUUGCGUUCAACAUUUGAUACUGCAAAAGAAGUGGUUAAUGUAGAGCUGGCUAAUUUUGAAGGGGACCUUGUAGAUAUUCUAGAGAGGAAGGGCUCCUCAUCUCCAAUAGGGCAUAAAGUAAUGGAAGAUCUUCUGAUUCUUGCCAGAAAAUGUAUGGAGAUGACUUCCUGUGAGUUCCGUACAAAGUGUGAAGGGAUAGUGCAGGAUCUAGCUGAGAAAAGGCAGCAUCAUGAAGCAGGAUUACUGAAGCAGCUCUUCACACGUAUGCUUUUCAUUUUGACUCGCUGCACAAGGUUGUUGCAGUUUCAGAAAGAUAGUGAGCCAAUAAAUGAGGAUUCUCUUCAUAGACUUAAGCAAUGUUUCGAUAGUAUUCCUGAUGUUGAAAUGCAGUGGGUACCCAAACCAGGCAGUUCAGAAUAUGGUUCAGGUAGCACUUUGAAACAGAAGGACAGUAACAAGCAUCAAUUGCAGGGAGAGGAUAAGGUAUAUACCGUCCCUGAGAUGACAUGUUCUGGAUAUGAAGAACAAUUAGAUGACAGCCGCACAACUUCCAAAAAGCCUGCUGCCUUAGUAAGGAAGUCAUUAUCUCAAAAUUCACAGAUUGAUGUCCAUUCAAGUGAAAGUAGCAUCUUGGAAUCUGAUCCAUGCAUCUCUGCUCCUCGAAGAGUGAAAAUUUUCUCCUCAUAUGAAGACGAUACCGUUCAACAGUGCCAUAAAGCUGAUUAUAGUUUACCUGGAAAGUUAAUUCGAAAGUCCAGUUCCAGUUCAUUUCAUGAGCAACCGCAGUCUUCUGAUGAAGCUGACUCUGUUAUAUGUCGGAUCUGUGAGGAAACUGUUCCAACUUUACAUUUGGAAUCACAUUCCUACAUAUGUGCAUAUGCAGAUAAGUGUGAUUUAAAAUGUUUGGAUAUAGAUGAACGCCUCUCAAAACUUGCAGAGAUAUUGGAACAAAUUGUUGAUUCCUGCAGUAUGAAUUUUAAUCCAUUCCAUAACAGCCCUGAUAUUUCAAGAGUACAAACUACAAGCUCCUUAGUUGGAUCAGAAGGUCAUUCUCCCAAAAUAAUUGAGUGGCACAACAAAGGAGUGGAAGGAAUGUUUGAAGAUCUCCAUGAGAUGGACACAGCUUGUAUAGAUGAUUCUCAUCUUUCUGCUUCCAGUAAUUUGAAGGGUCAAUUUGGUCUAAAGUUUGGCUGUGGUGCUCUGUCAUCUAAUGGAAGUGUCACAUCAUUAUCCUCCACAAAUACCCCAAUGGCAAGCCAUUUUGACUUGUUCUGGUUAGAACACAACAAUCCCUCUGAGCCAGAAGAUGUGCAACAGACGACCGACCUUGCAGACAUUUCCCGGUGUGUGGCUAGCACAGAUCUUGCAAAAGAAGGAGCUUCUGAAUAUUUGCUUGCAUGUAUGGAAGAUUUACAAGAUAUUUUACAGCAUAGCAAGGUGAAAGCUCUUGUAAUUGACACGUUUGGGAGCCGAAUAGAGAACCUUAUUAGAGAAAAGUAUCUACUAGCUUGUGAGUCGAUGGAUGGAAAAAGUGCCAAGAGUGAAAGCAAGUAUAAAGAAGGUGUUGGAUUCGCAGCAGAUACUGCAUCACAGAUUAGUGCAAUCUCAACUCCUGUACAUCCCUCUAACAGAACAAAGAUUGAUGACUUUGAAAUUAUGAAACCCAUUAGCCGUGGUGCCUUUGGGAAAGUCUUUCUUGCACGAAAGCGAACAACAGGGGAUCUAUUUGCAAUAAAGGUACUCAAGAAAUUGGAUAUGUUACGGAAAAAUGACAUCGAGAGAAUAUUAGCAGAGCGUAACAUAUUAAUCACAGUUCGAAACCCCUUUGUGGUCCGGUUUUUCUAUUCAUUCACCUGCAGCGACAACCUGUAUCUGGUUAUGGAGUACCUCAAUGGAGGUGAUCUGUAUUCCUUGCUAAGAAAUGUUGGCUGCUUGGAGGAAGAUGCAGCUCGUAUAUAUAUAGCUGAACUGGUUCUUGCUUUAGAGUAUCUACAUUCUCUGGGAAUCGUGCAUCGUGAUUUGAAGCCAGACAACAUAUUAAUUGCGCAUGAUGGGCACAUCAAGCUUACAGACUUCGGACUAUCAAAGAUUGGCCUUAUGAAUAGCACGGUUGAUUUGUCUGGAUCUGGGACAAAUGGGACAACCUUAUUCAAUAGCAAUGACCUGCGUACUUCUUUCGAACAUGCUCAUCAAACAGAGGAGAGAAAUCGGAAAUCAGCUGUUGGCACACCUGAUUAUUUGGCUCCAGAAAUUCUUCUUGGAACUGAGCAUGGUUAUGCUGCAGACUGGUGGUCAGUGGGAAUUAUCUUAUUUGAGCUUCUAACAGGAAUUCCACCUUUCAACGCUGAGCGUCCUGAGAUAAUUUUUGAGAACAUCCUAAACGGGAAAAUCCCUUGGCCUUCUGUUCCAAGUGAUAUUUCAUUUGAGGCCCAAGACUUGAUUAACAGGUUUCUUUCUCACAACCCAGACCAGCGCCUAGGAGCAAAUGGAGCCCCAGAGGUAAAAGUGCAUCCAUUCUUCAAGGGAAUCAAUUGGGACACCGUUGCCUUACAGAAGUCUGUCUUCUUACCAAACCCUGAGGGUGCAGAUGACACAAGCUAUUUCAUGUCAAGGUUUUCUCAAAUUUCUAACGGGAUACAAGAGGACCAAAACUGCAGUGAUUCUGCCUCUAAUACAACUGAUUCUCACUCAGACACUGGAGUUGAGGCAGAUGAAUGUGGUGACCUCGCUGAGUUUGAAACAUCCCCUCUAAACUUUGCAUUGAUUAAUUUCUCUUUCAAGAAUUUAUCACAAUUAGCAACAAUUAAUUAUGAUGUGCUCUUACAAAGUGGAAAAGACACGUCAAAGUGCUCAUCCCCUGCAAGAGGUCCUAAUUGAUAGUAAAUUGCUUUUGUAGUGCAGAAGUUGUGUCUUUGUAUUUCUUCUCUUUUUAGUCAUUACUGUAUUU